AUGUUGGACUUGUAUAUAGGAAUGCUUUGCGCGCUGUUCAUGCAGUCGGCAAUGGGCAUAUACGUCUUCUCCGUCUUCACCUCCACCAGCGAGAGCAACAUGUACAUCUACAACUCUACUGAUGGCCUCAACUUCAAUCUCGUUAAAGGGCCUGCCUACACCCCUACGACCGGCCUUAUUCGCGACCCUAGCAUAAUCCGCCACACCGAUGGCUACUACUAUGUCUCCUACACGACCAACUGGGAAGGCCGUGACUUUGCCAUCGCGCGCAGCAGCAACCUCCUCGACUGGACACUGCACACGACCGUCAGCAUCUCUGACACCGCUCAGGCCCGUACCUGGGCGCCCGAGAUCUUCCAGGACCCGCGCACGGGGAAAACCAACAUCAUUGUCUCUCUCGGCGAGUCGCUAACCACCUUCAAUCCCUACCUGUACACCGCAACAGACGCGACACUCACAAGCUGGACCGGGCCGGUUGCCAUGAGUGGCAUUGGUCCGAACUAUAUUGACACAUUCGUCGUCUGGGAUGAGGAGAGCGGGAUGUACCAUGCAUACACCAAGAACGAGACGAGCAAGUACCUCGAACACGCCGUCGCCUAUAACCUCGCCGGGCCAUGGACCUUCGUGCAAACUGGCAACUUUGCAGGGUUCGGACGAGCAGAGGGCCCAUGUAUCACAACACUGGCGGAUGGCAAAUAUAGGCUGUUUGCAGAUGGAUACGACAGUGGCAAGUACAUCUACAGCGACAGUGCAGACCUGUAUACGUGGAGCGCAUACCAGGAGGUACCUGGUGGCCUAUCGGGCUUUAUCAGGCACGGCACUGUCAGGAACUUGGGCUAG